UGGCGUGAUGACCGGUCACGCGACGCGCGGUGGUGACAAUGCCGCCUCCUCGGUCGGCGACGGUCGACGGUCGAGGUCCGCGGCCGUCGACGCUGCUUUUCUCGACGCGAGUGCUCCGAACGAUCGUGUGACGACGACGAGCAGCGAGAUGAGCGAGUGUCGUCGUUUGAACCGCGGUAACGUGAACGACAACGUCCACAAACACCAGGAGGGGGAUGGGGACGAGGACGAAGAGCAAGCGUUAGAAAAACCGAAUAGUCGUCUCGGAUGCGAUACGAGCCGCGAGACAAGCAGAGAGGACGAGGACGCGGUGCGAAAGACGGACGGGAUCGCUAGUGAUGGUAGUAGUAGUAGUGAUGGUGGUAGUGGUGUUGGUGCUGCUGCCGCUGUUUCUGCUUCUGGUGGUGCUGGUGCCGCUGGUGUUACUGCAAAUGGCCUCGUCGCCGGCAGGCAUCAGGGCAGCCCUUUCAAGGGACAGGUUAGGACGGCCGAGGACACCCUCGUUGGCCCUUGCGGCAAGAAGCGGUGCGCCGAUCGAUACGACAGCUCCGAGAGUUCUGACAGUGGCGUGGCCGUGUCGUGCGGGGAGUGCAGUAGCAGCGGUACCAGCGACAUCACGGAGCCGGGUUCCCCGUGCAGUACGAGCAGCGACGAGGGGGUAGCGAUACGUGGCGCGCCCGCCAGUCCACUUCCGUCCCUACCCAAGCUGGCGCCGUCCUCGCAGAUCAGUACCAGGCCCCAGUGGCCCUGGACCCCGCCGUUGGCGGCCACCGCGUGCUCGACCUACAAGAGGCUCAAGGGCGAGCCCGAGGCUGGCGCCCUCCCGAGGUCCGGGGCCGCGGAUCCCUCCUUCCGAGGAACCACCAAGUCCCUAGGCAAGCCGAACGCUGCCCAUCACCAUCACGAGUCCCAGGGCAAGAUCACCGAGUACUUCAAGACUCAGAUCAAGCCUCAGCAGCCCAAAAUCAAGAAGAACAGCGAGACGAUGUCGGUGCUAGUCGCGAAGAGCACGUCGGAGUUCCGGAGGCCAGCGACCGUGCAGAGGAACAAGGGAGGACUUGCCAAGUACCUGAGCACGGUGUCGCCGAACGGGAGGACAAGCUCGACGACGAACGACUGGGAAGUAAGAGCCCUGACGAUGUCUCCGCCACCCACCAAGAAACCACCGCCGGUGAUCGUACCGAGGACCAACGGUAAGAUGGACAAGAAAUUGGCGAAAUCGGUGCCCAGCCUGCCUAUCUCGAACGACGUACUCAAGAACAUACCGAGCUGCAAGAUCUCGUCUCUAAGGUUGACAUCGGAGGCGAGUCCAAACGCGAAGAACAGUUCGCCACCCUCGACGCCAGCACCUACUCUGACCAACGAGACGGCUACCGGCCUCGAUUUCAAAGGCUGCAUCCUUUCGAAACAGCGCAACGUGAACGAGAACAACAACAACCUGACGAACGGCUGCGGGAACAUCUUGGGCUCGCUGAGAUCCCAAACUGGCCAGCAAGAUCCUCUGUCGAGGUUGUCCGUACCGGAGGACACCGACGAAUCCAAGGAGACCCAGGUGAGCCCAGCGGACGAGGACGACGUGGAGGAAGAAGAGGAGGACUCGAGGAGUAGCGAAUCGAAACCGCCCUUGUCGCCGAUACUCUCCGCGCCUACCACUAUCAGAUUCCCAGCUCGUGAACCAGAAAAGGACAGGCAACACGGCACGGACAGCGGGGUUUGCCGAUGGGAUAAGUGCGAGGAGAGCUUCGAAUCGAGCGGAGAGCUCCUGGAACAUUUACAGGCGGCGCACAUCAACACGCAAACCGGCGGCGAUAAUUUUGUCUGUCAGUGGCAAGGUUGCAAGGUGCAAGGGAGGAGUUCCUGCUCGAGGAGAUGGCUGGAACGACACGUGUUGUCCCACGGCGGGAACAAACCGUUCCGGUGCAUAGUCGACGGCUGCGGAAGCAGAUUCAGCUCUCAGACCGCGCUCGAAAGGCACGUGAACGGGCACUUUAAUCAACCGGAGACCAGCAACAAUAACGCGAGACGAAGCUGCGAGAGCGGUGGAAAGCUGGUGAGAAGAAACGGGAAACGGCUACGGUAUAGGCGACAACCUUGGUCGGCGAGACUGUUCGACUACUUCGAUUCUGGAGUGAUGGAAGGUCUCCAGCACAGGUUACUCCAACUGGCCAAGUCGAGGACGCAAGGACGUCUCGCGGAGACUCCAGGAAAUUCGAUGGCCCUAACUAGUCAAGUAUUAGCUCGAAGAGUAGAGUUGGACGGAAAGACUAAAGUUCUGUUACGAUGGCAUCCUCCAGACAUCGAGCCAGACGAGUGGGUACUGGAGUCGGAAGUACAAAGCACGAAGAACGUGGAGAUACGCAAGGUGGCGUCGAGACAUCCGGAAGAGGUGAGCCUGGCCCUGUACUCGGCGAUGAACGGCAGCACGCCGUCGUUGUCGCGGGUGAAGCAACGCCGGAAACCUGUGAAGAACUCGUGAUAAUGCCGAUCAAGGUGAUCGAGAACAAGCGCGACGAAGCAGCGACGACUAUGCCAGAGAACGAAUUAGAAGACGUGUUUUCUGUAUCAGGAUGAUUGUGCUUUCUGGUCUGUACAGAAGGAGCCUGGCGAGAAUAACCUGAACGUGUCGAGAAGAGGACCGAACUAAGACGUGUUCGAGCUUUCGAGAGGUUAGGAACAGGUGGGGUUAAUUCCAAAACGAGUUCCGAGACGAAGUAGAACCGAUGUUCCGAGUGAACGUACCACAAAACACAGAUGCGGAGAUAAAAGUCUAUGACGCGAGCUAUCGAAGAGUUCGCUUAUCAUGCGAUAGAGAGAGAGAGAGAGAGAGAGAGAGAGAGAGAGAG